UGGAACUCUGAAGAACUAUAAAUUGAGCCACACAAGAUCCUAAGAAGGUGGUGCCUCUUCUAAUCACAUAUAGAAUUUUCUUCCGCUUUUUGGAAAAGAUGUUUCAGGUUGUUGUUUUCCUAGAGAAUGAGACUAUUGGUAUUUACCAACUUUAAUACAGGAAAUGGUAGCUAGAAAGCCCUGGCCCAUAUCCUACUGAAAACCAAAUUUGAUUACAGAAACUUACACCGGGAGCUCAGAGCCAAGGUCUGCAAGAGCUGAAGCUGAGAUGGCAGAAGCCUCUGUGGAUGCCGGGACUCAGCCUGUAACCGUGAAGAAAAAGAAAAGCCUAUCCAUCGAGGAAAAGAUUGACAUCAUAAAUGCAGUAGAAAGUGGCAAGAAAAAAGCAGAGAUUGCAGCUGAAUAUGGCAUAAAGAAAAAUUCACUGUCUUCCAUUAUGAAAAACAAAGACAAAGUUCUAGAAGCCUUUGAGUCUUUGAGAUUUGAUCCAAAGAGAAAAAGACUGAGAACGGCGUUUUAUACGGAUCUGGAAGAGGCAUUGAUGAGGUGGUAUCGGAUUGCUCAGUGUCUAAAUGUUCCAGUGAAUGGUCCAAUGUUGCGUCUGAAAGCUAAUGAUUUUGCCCAGAAGCUGGGACACAAUGAUUUUAAGUGCAGCAAUGGUUGGCUGGAUCGUUUUAAAUCCAGGUAUGGCUUAGUGUUCAGAGCGCAACCUGUAGAAGCCACGGGUGUAUCUAUAGACCCUUCCACUGUGUGGUACCAAAAUGUGCUUCCUUAUUACUUAAACGAUUAUCAUCCUAAAAAUGUUUUCAAUGUAAAAGAGACUGGACUGCUUUAUCGAAUGUUACCUACAAAUACUUUUGCAUUCAAAGGAGAAACAUGUUCAAUUGGAAAGCUGUGCAAAGACAGGAUAACGCUGGCACUCGGUACAAAUAUGGAUGGCUCUGAGAAGCUCCCUUUGCUUAUCAUCGGGAAAAACCGAGCCCCGCGUUGUUUCAAAGGCAUAAAAUCAUUGCCUGUGUAUUAUGAAGCUAACAGAACGGCAUGGAUGACUGCAGCCAUAUUCGAACAGUGGAUGCAGAAGCUGGAUGAGAAAUUCCAAGCCCAGAAACGAAGAGUGGUGAUUUUUGUUGAUUCUUUCCCGGCACAUCCAGAAGUGAAAAACCUAAAGUCCAUUGAGUUAGCAUUCUUCCCAUCAUGCUUGUCUUCCGGGUUUGCAGCUAUGAAUCAAGGUGUUAUUAAAAGCCUUAAAAUCAAAUAUCGGCAUUGUCUUAUCAAGAAAUUUUUAAGCUCAGUCGAAAGUAGCAAGGAGUUUACAUUUUCUCUACUAGACGCAGUUGAUACAUUGCAUCUCUGCUGGAGAGCUGUAACUCCAGAGACCAUUGUUAAAAGCUAUGAAGAAGCAGGAUUCAGGUCUCCAAAGGGAGAAAAUGACACAGCAAAUGCAGAAGACACGGCUGCUCUUGAUCUGACUGCCCAUGCAGUGGGGGCAGGAGUGGAAUUUCUUGAAGGUUUGUCCAUAGAGGAAUACGCUGCCCUGGAUGAGGACCUGCAGACUUGCGAAGACACCCCAAAAGAUGAUACUGUGUGGGCCGGAGAAAGCAAGCAAGAAGAAACUGUUUUUUACACUUCCGAUGAAGAGGAGGAGGACAGCGGAGCCCUAGAAGAGGACCUGCGGUUACCGUCCAAGAACGAAGCGCUCACAGCUGUGGGCACUCUGAAAAGGUUUCUUAGAAGUCACGACAUGACCGAUGAACUUCACAAUUCUUUAGCAGACCUUGAAAACUUUAUUAACGCUUUGUCACCUGAGUAGUCACCUAUUGUUAGUCUGCUGAGCAGUAACUUUUCCUCGGGUGUCUUAUUACCCAAGGAAUGUAAACGGAAAGUAUCACUUAAACAAGAAAAGAGAAAGCCUAGUAAUAAUUGUUGGCUUAACUGCAAAGCCUUUGAUCUGCAAAGCCAAGGCUCCCUAGUAAAUAAUGACUAAGUAAAACUGCAAAAUUCCAUUUAGCAGGUCUGGGGAGAAUAAAAAAAAUGUGUUUCAGAGGCUUUAUACUUGAAAGAAACUUAGCAUGUGUGUGAAAGAACUCCAGCUGGCUGACUCACGCGCAUGAAUUGCUGGUUUUCAUUUUCUUUGUUUUUAAGUUCAGACCAUGUUCUAGAAUAUUUUAUCUUCGUAGUCUUAAAAAAACACCAGCAUAUUUAUUUUUAUAAAGUCAUAUGCAUGCCACAUCUAUCCUAGUGAAUUCUUUUGUUCU